AUGGAGAACCAGAAGAUCUCCGAUUUCCUCGCCGACCAGCUGCAGCAAGCUCCCGAACAAUGCCAACCCUUCUUCCUCAGCUUCGAAGACUAUUGGGAGCGUAAGCUAUGGCAUCAGCUUACCAAUGCUCUGAUCGAGUUCUUCCGUAUACCAGAGAGCGCACCCCAACGGCUACCGAUAUUCAAGAUAUUUGUCCUGAGCUUCGCCGAUAAGAUUAAUCAGCUCAAGUUUGUGUCCCUCGGGUUGAUGGCAUCGACGGAGUGUGCUGACGACCAAGAACGACUGUCUUUCCUUACAUCACUUGCGGACAAAGUGAACAAGCCAGACUCGCAAGAUGCUUAUAUCUAUGCCCUUGCGGACGUUGCCAAUGUCAAGCAACGGCUGCAGAAUCUGGACGGAGCGCAAAAGGACCUGGAGACGUGCCAGAAGGUGUUGGAUUCCUUUGAUUCAGUCGAGACUGUCGUGCACGCAUCCUUCUAUAAAGUCAACGCCGACUACUAUCAUGCCAAACAAGAAUUCGCAUCCUUUUACAAGAACGCCCUCCUCUACCUUGCCUGUAUCAAAUUGGAGGAUCUUAGCGAAUCUGAACGCGUCUCCCGUGCAUACAACCUUAGCGUUGCCGCCCUUGUCUCCGACUCAAUCUACAACUUCGGUGAACUGCUACUGCACCCCAUCCUGGACUCCCUCACCGAGACACCGCACAGCUGGCUGCGCGAUCUACUGUUCGCCUUCAAUCGUGGCGACCUCACCGCCUACGAUGUCCUCGCCGGCAACAUCUCCAAGAACCAGCUGCUGGAGCAGCAUCGCAUCUUCCUGUACCAGAAAAUCUCGCUCUCCGCUCUUACGGAGAUGGUCUUCCGCCGUCCCCCCCACGACCGCAACCUGACCUUCGCGUCCAUCUCCUCUGAGACCAAGGUCAAGCCCAAUGAGAUCGAGCAUUUGAUCAUGAAGGCCCUGUCUCUAGGCCUACUCAAGGGCGCCAUCGACCAGGUGGGCCAGGUUGCCCAGAUCCACUGGGUGCAGCCCAAGGUUCUGGACAUGACGCAGAUCGAAGGCAUGCGGAACAGGCUCAAGGACUGGGAUGCGGGCGUGAACCAGUUGGGUCACUGGAUCGAGGGUGUAGGAAAGGAUGUGUGGGCCGCAUGA